GAAAGGGAGAGCGAGAGCAGGGGAGAGAGGGAGAGAGAGAGGGUGUGAGAGAGAGACAGAAAGGUACGGUAUAGGCUGCAUCUUCAACCAACGGGAGUUGGCAUUCCCAUGCACAGCAGACAAAGAGGGGGAAAACGGGCGGAGGCGGGUGGGAGAGUAAAUCGCCGAAGAGUGAGGUGAGGCAGAGCUCAUUCAGUGGGAAACGUUGAGCUUGCGGAGCUCCUCGGAUUUUACUGAGAGAGAAUCCCUCCGUUUGGUCUGUGAGGCGCUCCUGUCCCGGACCGCUGUGGCUCACCCUCUCUGAAGAAGCGGAUGCGACAAGACCCUGCGAGGGGACAAGACCAAAAACUUUUUUCAUCGUGGUUUGCAACAAAGUGCCAACAGUAUGCCUAAACAAGUGGAGGUGAGGAUGCACGAGAGUCACCUGGAGCCCAUUGAGGCCAGGCCUCAGUCUAAAUGUGCCAAAAUCUGCUCCUCGAUGUUUAAGAACCUUCUGCUCACACUCACUGUCUUCGGUGUGAUCUUGGGAGCUGUAGCGGGGAUGUUGCUUCGUGUUGCCUCCCCAAUCCACCCAGAUAUUGUCAUGGUGAUUGCUUUUCCUGGAGAUAUCCUGAUGAGGAUGCUGAAGAUGCUGAUCCUCCCUCUCAUCAUCUCCAGUUUAAUCACAGGUCUGGCCGGUUUGGACGCCAAAUCCAGCGGUCGCCUGGGCACCAGAGCUAUGGUCUACUACAUGUCCACCACUGUUAUUGCUGCUAUCCUGGGAGUCAUCCUGGUGUUAGUCAUCCACCCUGGCAACCCCAAACUGAAGGAGAAUCUGGGCGAGGGCGAGAAAAAUGAUGAUGUGUCCAGUUUGGAUGCCUUCUUUGAUCUGAUCAGGAACCUGUUCCCAGAGAACCUUGUGCAGGCUUGUUUCCAACAGAUCCAGACAGUCACAAAGAAGGUGGAGGUUGUCGUUGAGGAAGAUGUCAAUGUCACCACCGUGGAGGGACUGGUGGCGAACAUUACCAAGGAGCCUCAGUUCAUCGUCAAAAAGUCCCUGCAGUUCAAAAGUGGCAUGAAUGUUUUGGGUCUGAUUGGUUUCUUUAUUGCAUUUGGCAUCUGCAUGGGCAAGAUGGGAGAGAGGGCCAGACUCAUGAUUGAAUUCUUCAACAUCCUCAAUGAGAUUGUGAUGAAACUUGUCAUCAUGAUCAUGUGGUACUCUCCCUUGGGUAUUGCCUGUCUGAUCUGUGGUAAGAUAAUUUCCAUCAAGGAUCUGGAGGUGGUUGCCAGGCAGUUGGGCAUGUACAUGGUGACUGUAAUUAUUGGCCUCAUCAUCCAUGGAGCAAUCUUCCUGCCCAGCAUCUAUUUUGCUAUCGUCAGGAAAAACCCCUUCACCUUCUUCCUGGGAAUCUUCCAGGCCUGGAUCACUGCUCUGGGGACAGCCUCCAGUGCUGGUACACUGCCUGUCACCUUCCGUUGUCUGGAGGAAAACUUGGGUAUUGACAAAAGAGUCACUCGUUUUGUGCUCCCAGUCGGUGCCACCAUCAACAUGGAUGGAACUGCUCUGUAUGAGGCCGUGGCUGCCAUCUUCAUUGCCCAAAUGAACGGUGUCCACCUUGACCCGGGUCAGAUUGUGACUGUCAGUCUGACAGCCACCCUGGCCAGUGUUGGAGCAGCCAGUAUUCCCAGUGCCGGCCUGGUGACUAUGCUGUUGAUCCUGACCGCUGUAGGCCUGCCAACCCAGGACAUCAGUCUGCUGGUUGCUGUCGAUUGGCUGCUGGAUCGAUUCAGAACCUCAGUGAACGUGGUGGGCGACUCCUACGGUGCAGGCAUCGUGUACCACAUGUCCAAGGCAGAGCUUGAAGAGCUGGAUGCUCACAUGGCUAAAUCUGACGACAUUGAAAUGAUGACGAAGACCCAGUCUUAUUAUGACGAUAUGAAGAACCACCACGAAAACAAUUCCAACCAGUGCGUCUUAACCGCUACCGCUACUACAACCGCUACCGCCACUGCUAACAAUUCUGUCGUAGUAGAUGAAUGCAAGGUAACCUCAGCCACUAACGGCUCUGCUGCGGAGUGCACGCUUGUUGAGGAGGAACCAUGGAAACAUGAAUAAUGGCAGCACAGAGAUCCCCUGCUCCUGGGCUCCACAAGCUUUCCUACCUGGUGAUAAAAGAGUGAAUGAAAAAAAAUGUCACAUGAACAGAACUACUAAUUGUUUUUUAUGUAGUUUAGUUUUCUCUUUUUUUUAUUAGUCCCUUUAAACAUUUUUGUAACUGUCUAUCUGACCAAUAUAUAAUACUAAUUCACUUAACCGUGAAAUGAUAACAGAGGUACUUUACCUGCUAGAGCACAAUUAUGUCCUAUAUAGCAGAUCCUUGCACAACAUACUUCAAGGCUUGGAGAGGGAAGGAAGAGAAAAAAGUUAGAUAAGCUAUUCUUAGCAAUACAUCCUGAUUCUGCAUUAUAGAGAUGAGAGAAGAAGUGGCUGCAUAACGUGGGAUGCACUGAGAUCAUCUUUUCCAAGUUUCAUACAGGUGAUUCAUUACUCUAAUGCCAGAAGAUGAGGUGGACUUAGGGAAUUAAUCAUUCAUGGCAACCAACGUAAUGCUUGUACUGAACUUCCUUGUGUUGCAUCCCUGUCUGUACCAUCACAUACAUGCAGAGGGCCACUGCAUUUUCAUUUUCAGCUCUGUCUCUCAUCUUAAGAGUAUCGCUUAACAGUUAAAGGCCUUUGAAGUGCAUCUGAUCACAUCUGCCUUUGCUCAAUAUUACCCACUAUCCCUGAGGUCCAGUAAACUGAUGAAAGGGUAGGUGGCAGGGAGAAUGAUAGCAAACAGGAACAUGGCGCUGAGCCUCAUAACCCACAAGCACAGUCACCGUGGAAUUACAAAGCACAAAUCAUACCAUGGAGCCCAUUUUUUUAAAAAUUCCCCUUUUGUUUUCCCUUUUUCGUAUAUUGGAAUGAAAAUGGACUUUUUUUUCUUUCAGUCACCUGUUGAGUGAGAUAUAAAACUUACUUCUGUGUGUGUCUGCGUGUGUGUGUGUGAGCGAGAGAGCUGGGGGUUAAGAACAUGACCAAGUCAAUUAUAGGGACCAAACAGGCAGAAAAUCAAUCAACUCACAGAGGCCUUUGAACUGCCUCCAUGACGCAACACAUUUUUCAGUUUUCUUACACUGGUUACAUUAUAACUGGCUGGCACAGCCUCUGAUAUUUCCACUUUUUCUGAUGAAGCCUCAAAAUUUCAAGCUAAGAAAAUCACUGCCCUACAUAUGAAACUUCAUACGGUACUUUCACUUUUUACAAAUAACUUUAUGAUACCAAUGAAAGUAAAGUCAAAUUAGCGGCAAUAUGAUUAUGAGAGCAAAUUGACAUAUCUGAGUAAAAUUUAGCACAAAAAAGAGAUUAUAUAGAGCACAAACAAAGUGACAGAGCACAAAUAAAGCCAAAAUGCCAAUGCAUAAUCAGAGUCAUGCACAUUAUCUUUCCAUGUCGACACUGAUCGUAUAUUCCAAGUUUUUAAAAAAUGAUUUAAAAAAACCCAAUAAGGGAGAGCAAAAGAUACUCAGGCUUGUAUGUUUACUCUUACAGGGAAAAAUGUUGUAAUCCUAAAAUGUUUACUCGCUUACUACUUGAGCUUUUCACCUCAAGAAAAAAAAGCCUCUUAACAGCACAUCUUUGGAAAGCUUUGACUUUGGAAAAGGUGACAGUUUACUGCAAAAGACUUUGUUGAAAGACAAUAAUUUUAUAAUAUGAUAAGACAACAGGAAGGGAGGUUUCCCAACACACACAGUAAGCACACACACGCACAAAUAUAUUUCAGACUACAUUUAGCAGGUGAAUGAUCCUCAAUCUGUGUAUCUGAAAAACACAGACGUGGUUAUUAUUGAACACUGAUAGAGUGCACAAGGAGAACGACCUGAAAACAUUUUUAAAAAAAGAAACGGAGGAAGGAAGUAGCGCAGCUCUUGGCUGUCAGAUGGAUUCUUGGCUUGCACAAACAAAGAGACAGAUCAUUGAUAUAACACUCCUUGGGGAGGCUCGCCAGCUUCUUGUUUAGCCAGACCUAAAAAGGUAAACAACAAUAUAUUUUAGCCACCAGAGCUCAAGACUGUUUCUACAAACCCUAGAUGCUGCAGCUGUUGUGUCCAUAUUGGUGAGAAGAACAAAAAAAUGGACACAUACAGUAACACGCAUUAUGCCAGAAUGUUGCCAACUAUCAGGUAAAAAAAAAAACAAACAUAAUCCUCUCAUACAACCAAAUGGCUUAAAAAAAAGAUCUGCAAACGUACAGUCAAAGCCGGACUACUGGCUGUUAAUCUUUUUUGAGCCCAUGUGCAUGAGAGGUGAGAUUUCUGUGACGUGGGUGUGGAUUUGAUUUAUUUUUUUUUUUAAUUAAUGUUGUGUCCUUCUCUCUUGUCUUGUUUCUUUUCACUUGUGCUUAAUGACAACCUUGCCUUGAAGAUGUUCACGUCAAAUGCCAACAACAUGCGAAGUAACACUAGGGAAACUUAACAAAACACUUAGCGCAGCACUCUGUCCUUCAGUUCCUGAAACACACUCGGAGAGGACAUCUUUCACUUAGCUUUCCUUUAAGCUAACAGCAGUGUGCUUUGAUACCACUUAGUGCUCACUUGGUGUUCUGCUGUUCACACACUGAUGCAUACCAUACACACACAAAAAGCAAGCAUGCGCAUACACUCACACGCACACACACAAAUUCACCUUUUUUUUCUUUUUCUUUUUUUCUUUUUUUGCAAGUGCACACAUACAAACACACACGUAAACACUCUAAAACCUCGAAGGUCACUACAUUUAUAAUUGUAAUCAGCGAGCUGCAGAGAACAGCACUGACAACCUAACAGGGCCUUUGAGCCUGACCUUUUGACCUUGUGAUCUUCAGGAAAAUAAAAUUACGAAAAAAAAAAACAAAAAAACAACAAAAAAACAAACAAAACAACUCUCCAGUAAGGAGACAAUGCAGACAGUAGUGUCACCAAUGGGGAUUGAGUGUUGGACCACUAUUAUGUUCAAACUCACGGUUUUAGAAGCAUGAAUAAAAUAAAAUAAUUAUUUUUUGCACCACUAUCUUAAAAGCAUGAUAUUUUGAAGUGCCUCCUUGCACUUUGUGUAUAUAUUGUAGGUAACAGAUUUUUUUUUUUUUUUUGGUUCCUUUUGUUUUCUUUUGGGGGGCAUUGAAAUGGUAUGUAGGAAUAUAGUUUCAUUGCUGUGACAUUUUUAAUGUAAUCCUCUAGAAAAAAAUAUCAUCUAUGUCCUGAGUAAAAUUAGAUUAGACAAAAAUGUAUAGAGAGGAAAUCGUGUAAUAAAUUGCUUGUUUUUUUAUUCUCUAAUAGCUGUUAACUAGUUGUUUUACUUACCUGUCACACACCAAUAUAUAAAUAUCUUUUUUUUGUAUCUAAUGUAAGCGUUUUGAAUGUUUGUUCCAUGAAGAUAUAAGCAGUGUGCAUUCAUUUUCAUUGUACAUAAAUAAAUAUAUAAUUGUUCUGUUCAGUGGCAAUGCAGAAUUUUCCAGAAAUUACAGUGAUCCUGAAGCAAACACUGUUUGCAUGAUGAUGAGAAAAAAAGAGAGCAAGAAUGAGAGAGAGAGAGAGAGAGAGAGAGAAAGAGAGCAAGGGGAAGUUUCUGCUUUGACAAAAGGGGGCCAACAUGAGUUGUUUUGUUGGGAAUUACUGUGAUAAAGGCUGCUAGGAAAGAAAGGUAGAUAAAAGAAAAAGGUCAAAUUUGCCCUGGAUGUAGAAUAGAGUGAGGAAUCAAACACAACCUAGUAGUUGAUUCGAGUGAAAGAACAAACAUCAGAUGUAUUCAGAUGCCUGUUACAGUAUAGAGCAACAUUCCUCAGGUGACUCAUCUGAACCAUUUUGUCUUUUCAAUGGAAAAAACUGGCUUUAGUCUCAGGCAUCUUUGUUUACCUGGUGCAUGUGCAUUUCAAGCUGGAAGACAUGGACAUCUAGACCUUUAAGAUUCCGUGUUAGCCUGUCUACAUGCCACAUCUCCACACAUUUUACCCAAUGAGACUCUGUCGUACCAUCAACAUCAUGGAGGUUGAUAGGAAUCCCUCUCAGUAAACUGCCUUUACUCCACUUGCCUUUUGUUUUUGCUUUCUACUAAUAGAAACUAUAUGCACGCACAAACACCUGGAACCUGCUGAGCUAAAUGGUACUGAUUACAUGGAUAUUGAUUGACACAGUAUUUCAACAAAAAAGCCAGUAUAUCUUCAAGCUUGUCCUUUUCUACUGAAAUGUGUCUUUCUGAAGAAACUCCUAAAUAGAGCUGAUAACCUGUCUCACUCCUGCCUACGACGUGCUUUCCUCAUCUUACUUUUCUAGGCCUUCCCUCUUUGUAAAGUUGUUGUAAUUCUGAUGUAAAGGCAGAGCGUAUGUGUGGAGGAGAUACACUAUCGAGAAAAAAAGACAAAAAAAUACAUGAAUUCUUUCCUCGGUCGAUGGUAUACAUAAAAAAAAUCUGUUUCUACAUAUCAAGUGUUGUACCUUUCGUGUACAUAUACAAAUAUAACUAAUAAAUGUUGAUUCAUAACUAAA